AUGAAGAAUUGUAAUCCUUCUAGCACACCAACUGAGGCGGGUUUGAAGUUAGUGAAAGAUUCUGAAGGAAAGAGAGUUGACAGCACUAUGUAUAAGCAAAUUGUGGGAAGUUUAAUGUAUUUGACCGCAACAAGGCCAGAUAUAAUGUAUUCUGUAAGUCUUAUAAGCAGAUACAUGAAGAAUCCUACUAAGAUGCAUCUCUUUGCUGCCAAGAGAAUUUUUCGAUACUUGCAAGGUACGACUGGUUUUGGACUACUCUACAAGAAGGGAGAAAACUCAAGCUUGAUGGGCUUCACUGAUAGUGAUUAUGCUGGAGAUCAAGAUGAUAAAAAGAGCACUUCCGGAUAUGUAUUUAUGUUGGGUUCCGGAUAUGUAUUUAUGUUGGGUUCGGGAGUUAUUUCAUGGUCAUCAAAGAAGCAGCCGAUUGUCACUUUAUCAACCAUUGAAGCUGAAUUUAUUGCCGCAACUUCAUGUGCUUGUCAAGCUAUUUGGUUGAGGAAAAUUCUUGAAGAACUUCAUUUCAAGAGUCAAGGACCUACUGCAAUUUAUUGUGACAAUAGUUUAGCAAUAAAGCUCUCCAAAAAUCCUGUUUUACAUGGAAGAAGCAAACAUAUAGAUGUGAAGUUUCACUUUUUAAGGGAUCUCACAAAGGAAUGA